AUGUCAUUAGAUAACAUUCCACAGAAUUUUGCUUCUGUGCCUGAAAGACUUGACUCACUGUAUUAUAAAAAUAUCGGCUCAACCGUAACACCACCGCAACAGCAACACGAUCAUAUACCCGUUCCAAUGGAGGACGUCGGCUAUACUUCGGGAUUAGCCAAUAACUCUGAUACCUUUCGUAAAAGAAACAGUGGCUAUUCACGCAACAACAAGCUCCACAGCGAUUCCGAGGAUUUCGACUUAGACUUAGCGACCCAUCAUAAGUCAGACAAGUUAAAAUGGAGGAAAGCGGCUUCAAAGCAGUUGUCUCGUAAGCGAGAUUGGUAUAUUGUACUGUUUUUGACAAUAUGGGCGGCCUAUAUUCGUAUGUACAAACUACAUCAACCGCCUUCGGUCGUUUUUGACGAGGUUCAUUUUGGCGGGUUUGCGACGAAAUACAUCAAAACACGUUUUUUUAUGGAUGUCCAUCCACCUUUGGCGAAAAUGAUGAUAGCAUUGGUUGGUAAAUUAGCAGGCUUGGAUGGUUUUGAUUUCAAGGAUAUUGGAAAAGACUAUACUGCAGAUAAUGUCCCUUAUGUGUUUAUGAGAGGAUUUUGUGCUUUGAUGGGCUUAUUGGUAGUACCUAUAGCUUACCUCACAGUUCGUGGUGCUGGUCAUUCCAUUGCUGCAGGAUUAGUCGCUGCUUUGAUGAUCUGUUAUGAAAAUGGGCUUAUCACCAACAAUAGACUAAUUUUACUUGAUCCACCACUUCUAUUCUUCACUGCUGCGACAAUUUUGAUGUGGAUCAACUUUCACAAUCAAAAGAACAAACCUUUUCAAUUCUGGUGGUAUGUUUGGCUAAUGCUCACUGGUGUUGGUUUAGGUUUAACAGUGAGCUGUAAAUGGGUCGGAUUAUUCACCAUUGCAACGAUCGGUAGCUCAACUGUCAAGGGUUUAUGGGAAAUUUGGGGAGAUACGCGAACACCUAUGAUUGUGUUUUUGAAGCAUUUUGGUGCUCGGGCAGUAGCAUUGAUUUUUGUGCCCAUUUCUAUCUAUAUGCUCAUGUUCCAGAUUCAUUUUCACUCUUUGCCUAACAGUGGUGAGGGCGAUGGAUUUAUGUCACCUGAAUUCCAGCAAACAUUAGAUGGCCACGCAAGUGUAACUUCUCCUAUUGCUUAUGGAUCCAGGGUAUAUAUUAGACAUGUCGCAACUACUGGUGGCUAUCUUCAUUCUCACCCUCAUAGAUAUAUAAGCGGGAGUAAACAGCAACAAGUUACAUUGUAUCCUCAUCGAGACAACAAUAAUUGGUGGACUAUUCACAAAGUAAACGAUGCAGACCCUGAAGGAAUUGAAUAUGUUAAGGAUGGUGAUAUCAUUACAUUAAAACACGCUGAUUCUGAAAUGCGUCUACAUUCACACGAUAUGCGGCCUCCAAUCACUGAUCUAGACUAUCAUUACGAAGUGAGUGCGUAUGGAGGAUUUCCCAAUUUUACGGGAGAUAGCAAUGAUCAAUGGAGAGUAGAGAUUAUUGAAGGGGACAAAGCAGAUCCUGAGUCAUCUCAGCGAUUACGAACCAUUCAUACAAAGUUUGCGCUUGUUCAUGUUUUGCAACGCUGUUCAUUGUUCUCACAUAACGUAAAAUUGCCUGAAUGGGGCUUUGGCCAACAAGAAGUGACCUGUAUCAAAAAUGGAAAAAUUAAGAAGACUGUUUGGUAUGUUGAGAAUACCGAAAACCCAUUAUUGCCUGAAGAUACAGAGAAAGUAUCGUAUAACAGAUUAGGCUUCUUGGGCAAAUUUUUAGAGUUGAACAAGGUUAUGUGGAAUACGAACAAGGGUUUGACUUCUUCUCAUCCUUAUGACUCAAGACCAGAGUCUUGGCCAUUGUUGCGUCGGGGUAUCAACUUUUGGUCUAAGGAUAAGCUUCAUAUCUAUCUUUUGGGAAAUCCGUUGGUGUUCUGGUGCGCCUCUAUAUCUGUCCUUGUCUAUAUUAUUCUCAAAGGAGCCUUUAUUAUACUCGAAAAGAGAGGGAUCAAAAAGCAAUUUGGAGACUUGAAGAAAUUCUACGAUGAAUCAGCUGGCUUCUUCUUUGCUGGUUGGUUUUUCCAUUACUUCCCCUUUUUCCUGAUGGGGCGACAGCUCUUUCUGCAUCAUUAUAUGCCUGCACUCUACUUCUCCAUCCUUCUCUUUAGUGUUGGUUUUGACUUAUUGACCAUCAGAUUGGUUAAUCGUAAACGGCUGGUGGCUGCAGGCGUUUUCAUUCUCGGCGUCAUUCAUGUCUAUAGAUACUUCAUACCCAUCACUUAUGGUGAGCCUUGGACUCAAUCUCUUUGUGAAAAGGCAAAGUGGCGAUCGACGUGGGACUUUGACUGUGCAUCGUACCAUAUUGACUACGAGAGUUACAAUACUCGUAAACCAUUAUACGUCGAAGGGUUCUAUAAGGUCAAAGAAGUGUUCAACAACUAUUUAGGUCGUGAACAAGAAGCUAAAGUAGUGGAAGGCGUCAAUCUCGUAUCUGAUAAAAUUGAUAUUCCUCCAAUAGAUAUAUCCGCUUCUUGGGACUCGGAUUUACCGUUAGAAGCUACACAAUAA